CCUAAAAGUGCUAUGAGUUAAAAAGAGGUUGGAUUUAUUUACUUUUUGAACAUCGUCACUUCCGGUUACGGGGGCAGUUGUCAUCAAACCGAAGAACAACAGCAAACAGAGGUACUGCAAGUGCAAUACUUUCGCCACGGCUCUCAACAGACCUCCAAUCAUCAAAUGUGCUGAAAAGGUCUCUCCUUUGGUCGUUCACACAUCAGAGGUAAGCAUCAGGUCGGUCUCUGAUAUGGGAAACCAUCUGUGACAGAAAACGUCAAACCCUUUCCAGAGAAAGUGCUCUCGUCUCUUUGAUAACCAAGCCCCAGCUGUCUGAAACCGAUAGCACAGCCACUGCUAACUUUCCUAUCAACGACCAUCUCAGUCUUUGUGUUAGGAGCACGUUGUCCUGUGUUGUUGUUACCAUGAGCAUGUGCAUUAAUUAUGUAGACCUACUAUUAAAAAAAAACUUUUAUUUUCCCUCAUUGUUGUACAAUUUUAUUUUAUUUUUUAAUUAUUGAAAUGGAAUGGAUGUACGUUCUCUUCUGCUAGACAGAUGGUGAAGGUGCGACCUUCUAUGGUUGAAAGUGAUACUAGGUAGAAAAUUGUGUUUUUCUAUUCUAUAAUCUUGAUAAAAUGUUUUCAUCUACCAGUAUUACGGAAUGCUUUAAAUCCUGCCGUUCUGCAAAUCCAUUGGGAUAUCCUACUGAUGUAUUCCCUUUGCCUGUUACGGCGUUAAAUGAGAGAAGAGACAAAGAAAGAGACCUUAUUUAUUUAACCAACCUACUAACCGACUAACCUAAUAACCUGUAGAAUUCCGCUAAAGUGAUUACCUUUAUUCUGACUUUCAAUAUACAGUCUAUUUUUUGUGCAGCUGUAACAACAAUUCUGUGUCUCUAAAGCAUCUCUUGGGGCAAAUGUUAACCCACAUAUUUGUAUUGUACUAUAUUGAUCUGUAUUCAUAUAUUUUUUUAUAGCGCCUAUUCAUUAUUGAUUCAAAUCUAUGUCUUUAGAUUUGUAGCUGAAUCCAAUUUGACCCCUAGUAUAUGUUUAAUUGAGAAUGGGGAUUCUUUAGCAUACGAUUUAUAAACAUUCAAAUGGUAUUAUCCAAGUUUCCUGUCAGUUUUUAUGGAAUCAAUCCCUUUCAUUUAUUUGUUGUUUAAAACUACAGCCAAAUGUCGCUUCAUCCUGUCUGGACUAUCACACAUUGCUGUUCAGUUCGCCCACCACUAGGGAGCACAAUAGCCACCUUAUAAUUUGCAUGGAUAAUCUGGUUUGGGCUGUCACGUUGCCAUCCAAAAUAUCCAAUCUAACCAUGGCAACAGAGAUGUAUUCUAUGUUUUGCCCAAAAUAAAGAGACAUAAAUAUUAGUUCACAUUCUAAAAUGUAGGCCUAAUAUGUUAAGUGAAAGAAAUUAAUUGUCUGCAGCACUGCUUAAGCUCCCAUAUAUUCGUUUAAACCCUGUUGGGUCUUCUUCAGGCAAAUGGUGAGACCAAUUUGAUGAGGGGAUAUAUAUAUAGGUCAUAUGAUCAGCUGACCCACAAUGUGACCAAUGUCAGCUGUAUUAGCUGUAUUAACUAAGACUACUAUUAUGUUAACCACUAAAUAUAUUGCAUGAAUACAUUUUACAGUUGUCAUCCAAUUACGAAGUAUACACUGAAUAAUCUCUCGGUGUUAUCGUUAUUUCAAUGACAUGAUGACAUCAUUUAAUUAACAAUGACACCACAAUCAUACCAAUUGCAAGCCUUUGUGUCAUUGCUGAUUCAAUGAGAGUGUAUCAUGAUUACCGCAGAAAAAGACAAUAGACCUGGUGUUAUUGUUGUUGAUACAAUGCGAGGAUAUCAUGAUUAUGAAAGAAAUAGACAAAAGACUACAACAAUGCUAUCAUUAACUGAGAGGAUGCUUUGAGAUUAUGACCGAAGCAGACAAUAGACAAUGGACAGCUCUUGGAGUCACAGUUAACUAAAUAAGCUAAUGUCAUGAUGACUUCUAUAUGUGGGGUAAUGGAUGUUGAGGCCCUGGUAGCACGGUGGUAUGCAGCUAUCUGGCACCGAGAUUAACCACAUUUAAUUAAAUGUUAACAUUUUAAUUAAAUCACUUCAAUACAGUCUUAAAUAAUCUAGGGAAUAAGAACAAUUUAGUGAUUUAGAAAGAAUAUCUGUACAUGAAAACCUGUGUCGGAAUUUAUAUUUGUGUUUAUAUUGUAAAUUUACAAUUCAGAGUUUCAAAAUAUUUCUCCCAUGGAGGCAACGAAAGGACCCCACACUUUUAUUAAUUAAAAAUAAAACAAUCUAAUGGGAUUAUGUGUUUGAAUUCAUUGUAGGCUCAAGGUCAAUGCUGACCGACGUGUGAGUGAAAGUGUGGUACAACCUGUCCUUCAACUUCAGAAUAACCAGCCUAAUAAGAUCAAUAGCAACUUCCCGUCACGUCACAUGUACAGGCCUGGACCUUUGUUUGUGAUGGCAGACUGAUAGGUCGGGCAGUUAAACCUUUUAUUCUACCCGGGGAAAAAGGCGGUAAACAGCAGAGCAACUGAUGUAAUAGUGCUGGGCCAACGCCAUCGUUUCAAGUCACGUGUUACUAAGCAAUAGGCUGGGUUUGGGAGUCCCAUGCAGAGUUUAUGUAACCGACAAGUCAAGACAAGUUAUCCUAAGCCUUAUUGAUUAAUUUGACUUGGUAUAAAUAUAUAAUAUUCAUGUAGAAAAAAAACAGUUUGAAAUUCCUGUGAUGAACACAGGCAGACAGAAAUGGUGAUCCAAAACUGCACCUUUUUGUAACGGCAUUAUCGUAAAGUUAACACAGGUGUUGCUCAUAACAGUAAUUGGAUCUAGUUAUCUAGCCAGGGUACUUUGAUAGACAAAGUAACCAUAUGUUAUCCAACCUUAUGCUCUGGCAGUACAUCUAUAGUGUGAAUAUAUAAUACAAUUAUAUAAAACGUAACUUUAUUUGACUCUAGGAGCUUUCAGCAUUUUACAUAGAAAAUGUAUAAUACAUUUAGGUAAUGCCUAACUUUAUUUAAACUUUUGGCGCUUUCAGCGUCUGUUGGGUCAGUUGGUAUAAGAAAUGUAUAGAAUUACACCCACCUUGUACUUCAGCAAAACAUAAUUUGAAUGACAUUGAAAAAGAAAGGCGGUGAUCAAAAGCAAUGACCAUAAAGUCACCACAAAUUAAAACCGUAGCUUUUUAGCAAAUAUAUUUUAGUUCUUCUUUUACUGAUUUGGGUCCUUUGAAAUAAAUUGUGAAUCAGAAAAAAAGUUGUGAAUAAUUUUCACAUUGUGAAAUGGAGGAUCAAUAAUGACUAUUUAUUAUUCAUCAUUUUGGAUGUGCCAAGAACUACAAAUGACCUGAAUUUCGUGGUUCACGGUGCAAGACAUUUUUUAUUAAAUUGUAUUAAUUUCUUCCUAGAGAGUGACUAGGAUUUAAAGCUGGCUCUGUGUGUGUUGUGUUCUAUUGGACACGUGCCGCUGCGACAUUUUUAUCUUUGCUUUCUGGAGAGAGGCUCAGAAUCUUGGGAGGAGCAACCGCACAGACUUUUAUCAGCACGCUUUAGAGAGAGAAAGAGCACAUAUCAACAGGCAGCUUGACUUGACUUAUUGUAGGCUAACGGUGUCCGUGUUGCUACCUCUGUCCCCUGCCUCGAUGCGCUAGGCCCGGGGCCAUGGAUUCAUCCUCCGACGAGGAGGAGGGGCGCUCCUUCGUCCAGGUGGUCAGUGAGAAGUACAACCCGGAGAACUUCCCCUACUGCCGGGGCCCGGGCAUGGGGGUGGUGGUGCUGCCUAGCCCCCCGGGCUCCCCGGUGAAAGAUCGGCUCAACCUGCCCAGUGUGCUGGUGCUGAAUGACUGCGGGAUCACCAAGGCCGGUGACAGGACGGAGGUGGCCACGUUCUGCGCCCACGUGGUCGAGCUGGACCUGUCCCACAACCAACUCAAGGACUGGGAAGAGAUUGGGACCAUCGUCUCCAACGUCCCCCAUUUGGACUUCCUGAAUCUGAGCAGGAACCCCCUGAGCGGCGUGGAGCUGGAGCCCAGCCUGGCCGAGGUGUUCUCCAGGGUGCGCCGGCUGGUCCUCAUCAACACGCACAUCACAUGGGACACCGUGCACACGCUCACCAGCCACACCCCAGAACUGGAGGAGCUGUUCCUGUGCCUGAACCUCUACGAGGAGGUGGUGGAGUCCGGGACGCCCUGCCCGUCCCUGCGGCUGCUCCAGAUCACAGACAACCAGCUGCAGGAAUGGGCGGAGGUCCGCAAGCUGGGGGCCAUGUACCCCCGUCUGGAGAUGCUGGUGCUGGCCAACAACAGCCUGGGCUCUGUGGAGGACCCCCCCGACACCCUGGAGCGCCUCUUCCCCAAGCUGCGCUACAUCAACCUCAAUAACUCAGGGCUUAGCAGAUGGGAGGACGUUGACAGUCUGAAUUUCUUCCCCAAACUGGCGGAGGUGAAAGUGAUGGGCAUUCCCUUACUGCAGCCAUACACUGACCAGCAGCGACGCAGCCUCAUAGUGGCACAGCUUCCCUCCGUCUCCGUGCUGAACGGUAGCCUGGUGACGGACGGGGAGCGGGAGGACGCUGAGCGCUUCUUCAUCCGCCACCAUCAGGACCGUCCGGAGGAGGAGCUCCCCAGGAGAUACCACAUCCUGGUGUCAAAGUACGGCCGGCUGGCGCCGCUGGCCGAGGUGGACCUGACGCCCCGCGGCCCCACGGUGGAGGUGCGCUGCGGGGACCGGGUGGAGGUGGUGACCCUCACCAUGGAGCAGACGGUGGGCGCGCUGAAGAAGCAGCUCCGGGCCCUGCUGCAGCUGCCGCCCAGCGGCGUGCGGCUCUUCCACGUCAUCCACACCGAGCCCUGCUCCGCGUCGCUGUCGCAGGAGAUGCAGUACCCGGGCCGGGCGCUGCACUCCUACAGCAUCCGCGACGGCGACGAGAUCCUGCUGGUGCCCAAGGACAAGGCCCGCUGCCACUCCACGGGGAGCUGAGGCCUCGGGGCGGCCCCGCGGCCCGGGGGGGAACCCUGGCUCGUCUGCUGCGCCCGUGCAUUAACCAAGUGCAAUCUAUUGUCAAUGUUGUGUUUCCGUUCGUAUUUUACUUCAACGUCGAUGUGAAAAGUGCUUCUAUAUCUCAUCAUGCAUCGCGCCCUUGCACACCUUUUAUACAAGACGUCCGACACAAAGGGUUUUGAUUCCCACCCAUUUCGCACGUUUUAAUGGUGUGUAAUUCAAUGGGAUAGGCUUGCGUUCGACAGCCUCUCCCCCCCCCCCCCCCCCCCUCUGUGUGGCGGUCUACCCGCGGCGGCGCGGUGCUUCCGCCCAGCGUCGCCCGGCGCAUGGCACCAUGUCCCCAGAUAACCCCCCCCAUAGAGCUGCAAUCAGGAGCGCGGCGUGUCGAGCAUAAUGGCAGCGGUGCGCACAGACCACACGGACACGGCUCGGUCAGGACACCCUACUCCCCUUCCCCCCACCCCCCCACAAGCAGGAAAGACAAGACCGCCCCUGUGGUGAGCUUGUCGGGGGUCCGGGAGGGAAGGAAAGGUAAAACGAAGCGCCUUUCGGAUCACUCGAGUUACCACCGCUGUCCAUCUCAAUGAAUAGAGGGUCUCUCUCUCUCUCUCUCUCUCUCUCUCUCUCUCUCUCUCGAUUGUGCAGCAGCCACCGUGCAACAGCCUCCCCAGGUCCAAAU